UAGAUUUGAUAGAGCUUUUCUAUCAGCAAACACGAUAAACGUGCCAAGCACAAAGCAAUUGCAAAACGCUAUUUUUGGUGGAAAACUCUUGACGAGACCAGUUUCGACGCCCACUAAAGCGUUGCACAGUGGAGCAGGAAACUGUCUAUUAUUGUAGUUUGUUUACAUUGACUCAAUGUUUGUGUUUGUUUGCGUUACCUUUGGAGAACUGGCCAUAUGCAAACACACACACAUGCAGCAGAGAUUCCAGCAUAUUUGUAUUUGUGGCUAAGAGUCUGCCAAGUUUUAAAGUGAUUAGUAGAAAAUGGUCAAGACCUUUGACUAUAUUUAUUCAAAUGAGCAAAAAGUCGGACAAAGCGGAAUGAACAACAGUCACCAUUUUGAUGAAUCUUUAUUUAGAUGCCUAACGCAUUGGGAGAGGGAAACGGCAAAGAAGAGGGUGAGAGCUGGAAAGGCGCACUUCAAGUUAUAAAUAUAAACACACAUACAUAUUUAUGUUGGAAUGAUACAUGACGAGAAGCUGCACAGUUCGUUGUGGAACGCAUACGUAAAGUUAACAUAAUCAAGCAAUGUAAAUAAGGUCGACGCUCAGCUACGACCAGCACUAUUAUGGCUUCAUUGCGUGUAGUUAAUAGAUUAGUCUGUCGUGGAUUUAUUGUGCUCACUCUGCUGCUCAUGUUCUUCAACGAAGUACUUAUCUAUUAUAUAGCACAAUCCAGAUGGCAUUCAAUCGAUUGCCAACAUGAGAACUGCACUCGUGUGCUGCUCAUUGCUGAUCCACAAAUUCUAGGCAACUCUUAUGAUCGCUCAUCGCAUAGUCCUUUGGCUCGAUACGAUUCGGACAGAUAUUUGCAAAAGUCCUUUGAGCGUGCCAUCUCGUUCACGCAGCCACACAUCAUAGUUUUCUUGGGAGAUUUACUGGAUGAGGGUAACAUAGCUACCGCUCAGGAGUACAAGCAAUAUGUGAAGCGUUUUAAGCGCAUUUUUCAAAACAAAAAAAUUACAAAACGCGUUCAUGUGCCAGGUGAUAACGAUAUAGGCGGCGACAAUGGAGAUUAUAUUUCUAACUCGAAUCAGCGACGUUUCGAAAACGAAUUUAUGAGCGAAGAUCUGUUUGACUAUGACAAUCAUUUGCGUUUCUUCAAGAUCAAUCGCAUGCUACUAGAUUUCACGAACCCCGACAAAGAUAACAAUGCUGAUCGUCUGCGCAUCGGAGUCUCGCAUGCUCCUCUUCUCAUUGGCGGUGGACCUUUGUUGCGAGCUAUUAUCAGCGAUUUGGAUCCGCAUAUUAUAUUUUCGGGACAUUGGCACGAAUCGCGUAUAUUUAUAUACCCCUCCACGAAGGUCAUCAAUUUCUAUGAGAAUGCCGUGCGACAUUUUGAUCUGAAAGCACUAAAAGAGCAGGAUCACAGUUAUCUGGAAAUUAUGGUGCCCACAUGCUCGUAUCGCAUGGGUAAAUCAAAGAUUGGCAUGGGCUACGCAGUGCUAGAGGACUAUAAUCUGAGCUACACGGUGUUGUGGCAGCCGAAUCGUUUUAUACUGCUCUUUACAUAUGUCUUCUGGGGCCUGUUUGUGCUGUGCGGCGGCAUUGUCUAUAAAAUGAUGACACGAUGUCCCUUCCGAGUGGUUAAGCGGCAUACUCAAUACAGUCGCGUAUCAAAUGUACCUCAAUUUUAGACUGCAUAAUCCUAU